AUGGUUUUAAAAGAUUGCAAAUUGAAUUUAAAGUUAAUUGAAACUAUUAGUAGUUACGAUACUCAGCAAAAUAAUUCAAAUAUGACAGAGAAAGAUUUGGCUGGACAACCAACUAUACAAUCAGUCGGAAGUCACUUGCAAGUCCAAGAUCAUGAAGUUAAUUUACAAGCUAUAAUUUCCAAUCCUCUUUCCAUUGGUGAAGUUGCUACUACAUUAACUGAAUCCCAAAAAUGGUUUGUCUUGAAGAGAUUACAUUUUGAUGCUUUGGUAUCUUUAGAAGAAUUACCACCUCAAGCUAGUUUUAUAUUCGAAAAGAUUGAACAGAUGACUACUGAAGAAGCCGUGGAAAUCUUAAGAAAGGCAAUUGAAGAACAUGCAACUGAUGUCAAUAUUCCAGAACAUGACUUGGAUCUUUGGAAAGAGUUAGUUGAAAAUUCUCACAAGUUCACCAAAGUUCAAUUACAAGAAAAAUUGGGUAGUAACUCAUCGUCAUCAGUGGAAGGUGAGAAGACAGCUGAUGUCGAAAAAGGUCACGAAAUUGUUGAUUGGGAUUUACAAGUACGUUUAGAAUCGGUAUUGGUUGCUUACUGGUCUCCAUAUCCUGAAGUUAGAGCAGUUACUUUCCCAUAUGAUGAUCCAACUAUUCCUGCUGAGACAUUCAGAGUAUACUUAAUUGGUAUUAUAUGGACAGCAAUAGGUGCAGUGAUUAAUCAAUUCUUCACAGAAAGAAGGCCAAGUAUUACUCUUGCCAUGUCGGUUGUUCAAGUGUUUCUUUACCCAUCAGGGUUACUCUGUGAAUGGAUUUUACCAAAAUGGAAAUUUAAAAUUUGGAAAUUGAGUAUUGAUUUAAAUCCAGGUCCAUAUACAUACAAAGAGCAAAUGUUGGCCACUAUCUUUUGUGGCGUCACUGGUGGUGGGACUUCUUACGUAGCUUGGAAUAUUCUUAUGCAAAAGUCACCAGUAUUUUAUGACAACAAAUGGGUUGAUUUUGGAUACCAAGUUUUGUUAAUUUUAUCUACAAACUUUCUUGGUGUUGGUCUUGCUGGUAUAAUGAGAAAGUUUGCCGUGUAUCCUACUAAAGCAGUGUGGCCAUCUAUCUUGCCUGGGUUGGCAUUGAACAAAACAUUGAUGACUCCUGCUAGAAAAGAAAUCAUCAAUGGCUGGAAGAUAUCCAGUUACAAUUUUUUCUUUAUUGCAUUUAUUGGUUCAUUUUUGUACUUCUGGGUUCCAGAUUACUUAUUCCAAGCUUUAUCAACUUUUAAUUGGAUGACAUGGAUCAAACCUGAUAACCAAAACCUUGCAGUAGUCACUGGUUCAGUUGGUGGGUUAGGUUUGAACCCCAUUACCACUUUCGAUUGGAAUUAUUUCAGUUCUAUGCUUCAACCACUUCAGGUACCAUUUUUCAAUCCAGUUAACAAUAUUAUUGGUAUGAGUAUUGCAUUCUUUUGUAUCCUUGGUGUUUGGUAUUCAAAUUAUAAAUGGACUGGUUACUUACCAAUUAAUGACAAUGGACUUUACAGUAAUACUGGUGAACCUUACUCGGUUAGACUGGUUGUUGAUGCCAAUAGUUUGUUUGAUCAAGCAAAAUACAAUGAAAUGGGUCCACCAUUCUAUACCGCCGCCAAUUUAGUUGUUUAUGGUGCCUUUUUUGCUAUUUACCCUUUCCAUUUUGUUUAUGAGAUUGGUAUGAAUUAUGACCAAAUGUGGGAUGCAUGUAAAUCGUUUUGGAGAGUUAUCAAAGAUUUCAAGAAGUCAACAUACGAUGGUUUUGAUGAUCCACAUAGUACUAUGAUGAGAGCCUACCCUGAAGUUCCAGAAUGGGCUUAUUUAAUUAUUGUUGUCAUUUCUUUGGUAUUGGCCAUUUUGUGUGUCAAAGUUUAUCCAGCUGAGACACCAGUGUGGGGUAUUUUCUUCGCAUUAGGUAUUAACUUUGUGUUCUUAAUUCCUUUAACCACUAUUUAUGCCAGAACUGGAUUUGCAUUUGGAUUAAAUGUUUUGGUUGAGUUAAUUGUUGGUUACGCCAUUCCAGGUAACGGGUUAGCCUUAGCAUUCAUAAAGGCUUUAGGUUAUAACAUUGAUGGUCAAGCACAAAACUUUGUUAAUGAUUUGAAACAAGGUCAUUAUGCUAAACUCCCACCAAGAGCUGUGUACAGAGUCCAACUUUUGUCAAUCUUUAUUGCUUCAUUUAUCCAAUUAGGUAUAUUGAACUUCCAAGUUAAUGGUGGUAUUAAAGAUUAUUGUGAUCCUAAAAACACACAAAGAUUCACAUGUCCAAAUGGUAGAACUUUCUAUUCUGCAUCUGUAUUAUGGGGGGUUAUUGGACCUAAGAAAGUCUUUAAUGGUUUGUAUCCAAUUUUGAGAUGGUGUUUCUUGAUUGGGUUUUUAAUUGCAUUUCCAUGUAUUGCCAUUAAAAAAUGGGGACCAAGAAAAUACGUCAAAUACUUUGAACCAUCUAUUGUUAUUGGUGGAUUCUUGAAUUACGCUCCAUAUAAUUUGUCAUACUAUAUCCCUGGUCUUUAUGUAUCAUUUACAUUUAUGUCAUACAUUAAAAGAAAAUAUGAAGCAUGGUGGCAGAAAUAUAAUUAUAUUCUUUCAACUGGUUUGAAUGCUGGUAUUGCUUUUUCAUCAAUUAUCAUUUUCUUUGCAGUAAUGUAUCAUGCCAAAGAUAUCAACUGGUGGGGUAAUACUGUUAUGUACGAAGGUAUGGAUGGUAGUAUGACAGGAUGGUUAAAUGCCACCGUGGAUGCACCAGAUGGUUACUUUGGACCAAGGAUCGGUCAUUUCCCUUAG